AAAAAAAUAUUAUUUUUUUAUAUUCUCGAACGAAUAAAUAUUUACUAUUUAAACCACAUUUGUCCAAACUCCAAAGUUGACCCGCAUAGAAACUGAAAGGAGUGCACUCUCAGCUCAUUUCUUCUCUCCUCCACCGUCCGCCGCCGCCAAAUGACUAAACUACCCUUCUCCCACACAGAAACCCAGCUUCCUUUGCUCAUCUUCCUCCUCUCCUCCGUGCCCUUUUUCGUAAAUUCACAAUUCUCCCCCGCCGAGAGAGCCACCCUCUUAAACCUCAAACAAGUAUGGGACGACCCCCCGGCGCUUGAUUCAUGGAACGCCACGUCAUCACCCUGCGACUGGCCGGAAAUUCAAUGCUCCGGCGAGGGCUCCGUCACCGGAAUAUUCCUCAAAAACUGUAACCUCAGCGGAAGCAUCACAGACUCCAUCUCCGCCCUCGCGAACUUGACAGUUCUCGAUCUCUCCUACAAUUUCUUCCCGGGGAAUUUCCCCACCGCCAUCUUGAACUGCUCAAACCUUCAGCAUCUAGACCUCUCGCAGAACUUAUUCGUUGGGAAUAUUCCGGCGAAUAUCGACCGGCUCGAAUCACUCAAUUACCUCGACCUCGGGGCGAACAACUUCACCGGCGAUAUUCCUCCGGCCAUCGGGAAUCUGACUCAGCUGAAGAGUCUGUAUAUGUACAUGAAUCUGCUCAACGGGAGCUACCCGGUGGAGAUUUCGAAUCUGGCAAACCUCGAACAUCUAGGGUUGGCGUAUAACGACUUCCGGCCGGCGGUUAUUCCGCCGGAGUUCGGAAAGCUGAGGAGAAUCAAAUAUAUUUGGAUGACACACGCCAAGGUGUUCGGCGAAAUGCCUGAGAGUUUUUCGAAUUUGUCGAGUCUUACACAUUUGGAUUUAUCUUCAAACGAUAUGGAAGGGGAGAUCCCUAGUGGAUUAUUCUUGCUGAAGAAUUUGAGCAAGGUUUAUUUGUAUAAGAACAGAUUUUCCGGUUCGAUUCCUCCGGUUAUCGAGUCGUUGAAUUUGGUUGAAAUCGAUCUCGCCAUGAACAAACUCUCCGGCGAAGUACCGGAAGAUUUCGGCAAACUGAAGAAUCUCGAGCUUUUGAAUCUCUUUGCAAACGAAUUGCACGGUGAAUUGCCGCCAAGCAUAGGUUUAAUCCCAGCCCUGAAGAAUUUCCGGUGUUUCAGAAACAAUUUGAGCGGCGAAUUGCCGUCGGAGAUGGGGCUUCACUCAAACCUCGAAGCUUUCGAAGUCUCCGACAACCAUUUCACCGGAAACCUACCGGCAAACUUAUGCGCCGGCAAGACUCUGUUCGGCGUGGUGGCUUUCAACAACAAUUUAACCGGCCAAAUUCCGAAAUCACUCGCGAAUUGCCAAACACUCCGCUCGGUGCAGCUCUACAGCAAUAGCUUCUCCGGCGAGGUUCCGCCGGGACUUUGGUCUGCAGAAAACAUGACCAGUAUGAUGCUGAGCGACAACUCAUUCUCCGGCCAACUUCCUGGUCGGGUCGCCUGGAACUUGACCCGUCUGGAGAUCAGCAACAACAAAUUCUCCGGCGAAAUACCAUCUGACGUGUCAUCCUGGGCAAAUCUGAUCGUGUUCAAAGCAAGUAACAACAUCUUCACAGGGCCAAUCCCGCAAGGAUUAACAAGCCUUCGUCAAAUCAUCACUUUGGUACUUGAUGGAAACUCUCUUUCAGGUGAAUUACCAUCUGAAAUACUCUCAUGGAAAAAUCUCAAUAAUUUGAAUCUCGCAAGGAAUAAAUUAUCCGGCCCAAUCCCACCGAAGUUGGGCUCGUUACCCGAUCUUCUUGAUCUAGACUUAUCGGAAAAUCAAUUCUCCGGUGAAAUCCCACCUCAGUUAGGGCAAUUGAAGCUCACUUCUCUCAACCUUUCGUCCAAUUACCUCACCGGAAAAAUCCCGAUCGAGUUUGAUAAUUCAGCUUACCAAAACAGUUUCUUGAACAACCCAAAACUUUGCACCGCCAAUUCAAUCUCCAAUCUUCGUAGCUGUUAUGCAGGGUUCAACAAAACCAAGAAACUCCCACCGAAAUUUCUUGCUGUGAUUGUAGUUCUAGUGUUAGCCCUUUUCUUGAUCACUAUCUUGAUGACUAAGUAUUUAGUUAGAGACUGCAAAAGAAAGAAGCUUAACCGAGAUCUUGCAACAUGGAAAUUAACCUCGUUCCAAAGGUUAGAUUUCACCGAGGUUAAUAUAUUGUCUAGUUUGUCCGAAACUAAUAUGAUUGGCUGUGGUGGAUCGGGAAAAGUGUACAAAAUCGCGGUUGACAGAAAUGGUCAACACGUGGCAGUGAAGAGAAUUUGGAGCGAUAAAAAAGUCGAUUAUUUGCUCGAGAAGGAGUUUCUGGCGGAGGUCGAAAUACUCGGCUCUGUUCGCCAUUCUAAUAUAGUGAAGCUACUGUGCUGCAUUGCGAGCGAUGAUUCGAAGCUUCUUGUUUACGAGUAUAUGGAGAAUCGUAGUCUUGAUAAAUGGCUUUAUGGGAAGAAGAGAGAAUUGAGAAAUGGUGUUGUGUUGGAUUGGGCGGCUAGAUUGAGAAUUGCGAUUGGAGCUGCACAAGGGCUUUGCUAUAUGCACCAUGAUUGUACGCCUGCGAUAAUUCACCGUGACGUGAAAUCGAGCAAUAUUUUGUUGGAUUCGGAUUUCAGGGCGAAAAUAGCGGAUUUUGGAUUGGCUAAGAUUUUGAUCAAGAAAGGGGAGGCUAAUACUAUGUCUGCUGUGGCUGGCUCCUUUGGGUAUUUUGCACCAGAGUACGCUUACACAACGAAAGUAAACGAGAAAAUCGACGUUUACAGCUUCGGAGUGGUGCUAUUGGAACUAGUAACCGGUAGAGCACCCAAUUGCGGCGAUGAACACACAAGCCUAGCGGAGUGGGCGUGGAAGCGCUACGGAGAAGAAGAACCCAUCGCCGAAGCAAUAGACGAAGAAAUAAAAGAUCCAUUUUAUUUGGAAGAAAUUAUUAGUGUUUUCAAGCUCGGGCUAAUGUGCACUAGCCCGUUGCCUACAAGUAGGCCCACCAUGAAAGAGGUUACGAAGAUUCUUCUCCGAUGCAAAUCUCUCGACGGAAAAAAGGCGGGAAAAGAGUACGACGUGGCACCACUUCUUGGCGAGGAUAAGUAUAUCUCGAGUUACAGGUGUGAUUCGAAGAAGUUGAUGGAUGAAAUCGAUAACAGUUUGGUGAGCCUUGUGUAAUACUAAAAUGGUUUUAAGGGAAAUGUGAUUUUUGGGUACUUUGGUUAGAUUUAGGUGUAUACUUAUAAGUUAUAAGAAUAGUUAAAAUAAUGUUUAACUGUAUUAUGGGAAGGCAGAGUACUUGUAAGCAGAGUCUGAGUACUGAUAAACUGUAAUUGUAUAUGUUGUGAGGGAACUGUAUUUAUGCAAAUAAGAUCCUAUCUUUUUCUUUA